AUGUUAAGUCAUUUGAAAAAGUUGAAUUCACCUUCAUAUAUGAAUAUGAAACCGAUGCAUCAUCUAACAAAUUCACUUGACUACAAUAAUAUAAUCAAUCCUUCAAAUUGGAUAGAUUCAUCAGAUUAUAAAUCAAAUCAAGUGAGUAACUCUGAAAUCAUCUAUUUAAAUCAAAAGGAAAAUAUUUUACAUCCCUCAUCCUAUCAUAAUGAAUUGAAUCAAUUAGUUACUGGUCAAUCUUAUCUUACAAAAGAUAAUGAUUUAUCAAUACAUGAAACAGGUAUAUGUCAUAUAUUAUCUGGUUUAACUAAUCGUCAACGUUAUAUUUGUUUACAACAUACUGGUUUAAUAUGGGCAAUGCUUGAAGGUACACAUUUAAGUAUGAAUGAAUGUAUACAUCAAUUUAAACAUGAACAAUGGAAUUGUUCUGCAGUUAAUUUAUUAUAUCGUACUCAUAGAAAAUCAUCAAAUUUACCAUUAAUUCAUGGAUUAGAAGGAAUUUUACAACGUGGAUCCAGAGAAACUGCAUUUCUCUCAUCAUCAUGGUCAGCUGGUGUUGUCCAAGCAAUAACACGAGCAUGUAGUCGAGGUCAAAUGGGAACAUGCGAUUGUGAUCCACAUCGACGUGAAGGUCAAGGUAGAGAUGCUGAAGGAAUUUUCACUUGGGGUGGAUGUAGUGAUCCUAUACGAUUUGGUAUGCGUUUAGCACGUUUAUUUUUAGAUGCAAAUGAUGAAGAACAUCGUAAUGCUGCAGUACAAAGAGAACAAGAACUUCAUGAACAAAGAAUUCAAUUAUUAUCAUCAAUGAGACUUAAUAAUCAAAAUAAACAAAAUACAAGAAAACUACAAAGAAUCCAUAGAUUUCAACGUUCAUUUAAUAAUAGUACAUCUAACCAACAUUUCAAACCAAACGUUACAGAAAAUAUUAAACAUUUAGUAAAACCAUUGAAUAAAUCCAAUACAAUCCUUUCACCUAGAGAACUUCAAAUGGAGACAUUACAAAUUAUUCAAACUAAAGCCAGAACAUUAAUGAAUUUACAUAAUAAAAAAGCUGGAAGACGAUUAAUAUGGAAAAAUCGUGUAACAAAAUGUAAAUGUCAUGGUGUCAGUGGAGCUUGUUCAAUGCGAACAUGUUGGCAACGUGUUAAUGAGUUUCGUCAUGUCGGUAUAAUGUUGAAAGCAGCAUAUGAUUCAGCUAUACGUGUAACAUAUGAACCAAGAAUAGAUAUGCUCAAACGAAUUAAUACCAGAAUAAAUUCUAAUAAUUAUGAUAAAUCAAAUCAAAAUAACUAUUAUAUGACUAGAAGAAAUCUUCCAAUUGUAUCAGCAAAUCAUAAUCAAGAUUCAAAGAAUUGGUUAGUAUUAAUUAAAAGUCAUAAUAAUAACAUAUCUAAACAUGAUCAAAAUGAUUUCUCAAACAAUGAACAAUUUCAGCGUAGAUGGCCUCGUAUGGUGAUGAUCAAAUCAAAAGAGAUACCAAAGAAUCAAUUAGUUUAUUUAGAAGAAUCACCUAAUUAUUGUUAUUUUGAUGAAACUAUAGGUCAUUUAGGUAUUGCUGGAAGACAAUGUAAUGCCACGUCAAAAGAUGCUGUUAAUUCAUGUACACGUUUAUGUUGUGAUCGAGGUUAUGAUACAUUAGAAUUGGAACGUGAACAAAAAUGUGAAUGUAAAUUUUUUUGGUGCUGUGAAGUCCGAUGUAAUAUAUGCCGUGAUAGAACAACUUUACAUCAUUGUAAACAUUGAAGAAGAAUAAGAAGAAGAAGAAGACGACGACGAAGAAGAAGACGAAGACGAAGAAGGCAAUUAUUCAUCAAUCAAUUAUCUUCAUAUAUAUACCUGGUUUGAAAACAUUUAUAGAAUGGAAUAGUUCGCAUUGUCUAAUUAGUAAAAAAAAUCAUUGUGUUGUAUUUGACUGUUUUGUUUAUCUAAUAUUCAUUAUUCAACUAAACCAUAUUCUAUUAUUAUUAAAUUUACAUCUAAAUGAUGAUUU